GCCCAGGCCAGCCCGGCCAGCCGGGGCGAGGGCGACACGUGAUAGGCACCCACAUUGACCAAUUAAAAACUCCAGGCGGGGCACCACCAAUUAAGGAUACCGAGGAGGAAGCUGCUGCGAAAAACUGAGAAGGGAGAACUAGGUUGUUGUGUGAGACUUGGGUCGUUAAUUGUCAGGAAUGAAGAAAAACUGUUGGCGGGGCAGACAAAAUCAUGUACAGAAUAAUAGCAGGCAGACCUAUAAUUCCCAGCCAUAUAGAGUACGCAACCACUGGACUUGUACAGAAAGUAGAUACCAGCGUGAACAACUGGAAAACUCUCAGAACCCAGGAACAAGCCAAACUGAGACCCCCUCUACAUCAUCUGUGUGCCAGAACUCUCCAGUGCCUGAAUUACCAGGAUUUUAUUAUGAUCCUGAAAAGAACCGCUAUUUCCGCUUACUUCCUGGGCAUAACAACUGCAAUCCUCUCACCAAGGAGAGUAUUCAGCACAGAGAGAAGGAGUGUCAAAGGCUGAGACUGUUAGAAGAGGAGGAGAAACGCAUGAAGAAAACAUCCAGGUCUGGCCUGAACUCCUCAAUCAUCUUACGCAAGAGGCAGUUAGGUUUGUUUAGCUCUAACAGUUAUUGCAGGCUGAUUCAUGAAUUAAAGGUAAAUUGUAUGCAGAGAAGAAAAUUAGAAAUUGAGAGCCCAGAUUCCUCUGUUUCUGGAAGCAACAACUUUAAACUGAUAGCGGCGGACGCUGCCUCUGAGAGAAUAUUCACUGUGAAUGAUGUGGAACAUGGAGGAUGUAAAUAUGGCAUUGUCAACCUCAGUGGCUUGGGGAAAGAUUCUCUUACUGUGGAGAUGUAUGAUAAUCUCUAUUUCACAAACCGCAAGGUCAAUUCUGUGUGUUGGGCCUCACUAAGUCAUCCAGAUUCACAUGUUUUGCUGUGCCUCAUGGGCAUUGCAGAAACUCUAGGCUGUGCCAGCCUGCUUCCAGCAUCCUUGUUCAGCAACUCCAAUACAGGAGACCAACCUGGCAUGUUGUGCAGCUUCAAGAUCUCCACAGCCUGGUCCUGUGCCUGGUGUCUGAAUCCUCAAGCUGAGAACUGCUUUAGCACAGGUUUAAGUCGACGGGUUCUUGUGACCAAUGCAGUGACGGGUCAUCGUCAAACAUUUGGCACCAGUAGUGAUGUCUUAGCACAGCAGUUUGCCACCCAGACUCCUGUGCUGUAUAAUGGCUGUCGAUCAGGGGAAGUUUUCAGCAUUGAUGUCCGUCAGCGCAGCCAUAAAGGGCAAGGUUGGAAAGCUCUCCGUCUCUUCCAUAACUCUGCAGUCACAUCUGUCAACCUUCUGAAGACUGAGCAGUACCUUAUGAUUGCUGACAUGGCAGGCCAGGUGAAACUCUGGGACCUGAGAAAACUAAAAUGUGUGAAAGAAUAUAGAGGUCAUCACAACGAACAUGCCAUUCUCCCUCUGCAUGUCAAUGAAGAAGAAGAACUUCUUACAGCAGUGGGUCAGGAUUGCUACACACGAAUUUGGAGUCUCAGAGAUGCUCAUUUGCUACGGACUAUCCCUUCUCCAUAUCCAUCAUCCAUGGACUCUAUCCCAAGUGUGGUAUUCUCAUCACAACUUGGAGGCACCCGAGGGGUCCCUGGCCUGCUCAUGGCAGUCAGACAGGAUCUCUAUUAUUUUUCCUAUAAGGCAGAUGAUCCAUAUUGCUUGCAUACCAGAGACAUGGAUUGUUCCACUCUCCUUAAUGACUAAGGGGGAAAAUGUACCAGUUGUCCUUAAAUUAUUGCUGUCAUAUGGAUUGUGAUUCUCUUAGUCUUUAGCAUUCUGGACCUUCUUAGUUCUAGUUUUCUUAGAGGAUUGUGAAUAAAGUCCUAAUGAACUGA